UCUUGUUUUCUGAGAAAUGUAACAAAAUUAAGUGGGUUUAUGCUCAAAACAAGAACAAGUGUCUAUCAAUGGCUCCAGCGCCAGGUGGUCCCCCCGUACCCCAAGCUCCACCAAUGACUCCAGUUCCACCUCCGCCACCUCCUCCGUGUCCCGCCCCUGGCAUGCAGAGAAGCUAUUCUGCCAUUGACCUCAUCCGAGAGCGGCGUGGGAAAAAGGCAGAGCAGAAGACAAUACUGGACUCUGCACCUAAAAAGCCAGAGCUUCCCAACAUGCUAGACGUACUGAAAGACAUGGGGAAAGUGAAGCUGCGUUCCGUUAAGAGUCAUCAAGAGGACACGAAACCAAAACCUGUUGAGCCCACAGAUGCUGCAACAUUAAUCGCAGAGGCCCUGAAACGCAAGUUUGCUCACCGCUACAGAAGUGACAGUGAAUGUGAUGGCAACUUUAACUUGCCAGCCACUGAGAAUAAGACCCACAUAGAAACACCACUGUUUGGCCAACAUAUGUUAAAGUCAACUGGAAAGAGGAAACUGUGCUAGGAUGGAGCUACUCAUCUGAGCAGGUUAAUGUAGUUAACCUGAUGACUUUUCAUUUUCAAUAACCGGCUAACUUUUCUUGUUAGCCCUCAAAAUGCUGUUAGUGUUCUUUUAGGUGAGCAUGCAAAUGCCAAACACUAUACAGUCAGUCUGGUUUCCCAAUUGAAUAUCUAUGUAAUUUGCACUUUGAAAAGUUCAUCUCCAUCAGUACAUCUCGUACCACAGCCAGUUCCAUCAUCAAUGCCAGUUACCUGAGAAAUUAAUUCUUUUUGUUUGGUUUUAUGUAUGAUUUUAUAAGUGGAUUUAUUUGGAUCUGUUGAAUGUCAACAGUGCAAGUAUUCGACCUUGUUAGAUUCCUCUCAUUUGAAGGGAUAACGUUAAACAAAAACACCAAAGUGUACAGAUUGUUCUUUAUCAGUACUUUUAUGUGUAUUUUUAACACCUGUUUGCACAGAAGUUGUGUCUGCUUCAAAGGUACAAUUAAUAGUUGCUACUAAAUUUAGUAACUACAGGUUUUUCUGUCAUGUGACCGUUAGCAAUUAUGAUCCACACUUUUGUGAUCAUCAUAAAUAGGGCUUAGAUGGUGCUGUCAGUAGUAUUUGCUCACUAAUUUAAUGAGAGCUCAUUUAAAAUCCAAUCUAAUUUAUUAUUUUGGAACAUUUCCAUGAUAUUGUUCUGGAAGUCAUUUAGUUAUUUAACCAGUUUAAUAAAUCACUUGAAUGAUGUAGUUUUGUUUGUCUAUGACGUCAAGCUUGUUAUCUCUAGUCCAGUCCCGAUUUCAGUCUAUUAGCAGAAUUUUUGACAGUGUUUGUACCUUUAAAAGGUUUGCAUUUUUGCACAUAUACCUAAAAUGUCUGCUGUGCACCAACAGUCAGUGCAUUUGCAUUAUAUUACAGUACAGGAUUUCUCAUUGCAAAGAUUUCUAACUGGAUUUAAUGGCCAGCACAUAGGAGGUAUACCUCAGAAUUGAAGGGAAUCUCCUAGCGGGGAGAUAUUUCUGGUUUUAUGGAUUUUGAUAAUUUAUUUAAAUAGGUUGAUUUAAUUUCACACUACAGAACCGUUUUGAAUGGACUUUAAUUUCUUGAAUAAACCUGAAACUGUCGAUCUGUGUCUUUUCAUUUCUGUAAUGAGGUUUCUACUUGUUACAUUUGGACAAAUAGAACAGCAUGAGCUCAUGCCAUCCGGUAGAAACAUUUUGUGAAGUUUUAUUCAUCAAAAAUGCAACUGCAACAAGUAUGUAUCAAAAGGUUAUACGGCAAAGCCUUUACAAAAUGGCUUAACACAUAGGUCGUCUCCCCAAAAUGGCUGUUACAACAAACUGUAAACAGUUUUUUUUUCUUAAAUCAACAGUCUUACAGCACUUACAACAAAAAUACAAAUCACCUAAAAUAAAGCACCUCUUCUCUUUCCAAAUAUCAAGAGAAGCACAAAAAAACAAAAACAACUGCCCAUUCUGUACAGAAUCCAAAACAAUACACAAUAAUGGAAUGUUCAAUGUUAAAAAUCAAAUCAUUAAACCAAUUCUCCUCCAUAUAUUAAAAAAAGGUUUCUCCACGACAAAAAAGCAAAGGGUCAGACAGUGCACUAAAUAGACAAUGCGAUGAGUUUAAAAUGAAAACGAAAGCUGGUUUGGUCACUUAGCUUUGUGCAUAGUUUUAAGGCAUUGUGUAGCAGUCUUCCGAAGAGACGAGAGUGGCUUCGAGACAUUCUGAGAAGGACUUGUCUUUCUUUACAAAAUACAGAGGAGAGAGAAAGAGAGGUGUGGUGGCUACCUACAAAAGGCACCUUUACUUCCUUGUUUCUCCUAAAUAAGCAGGUCUGUGAGACCCUGAGCAAAAUCCAUGGAGAGUCCGUUCAGCUACAUGUCCCGUGACAUUAAUCCUCCUUCCAUGGUCAAAAGGGUUCAUCUCUGCCACCUGUCACGAAGCGACGUUCCUUCAACACAUUGUCUGAAAUACAGGGGAGAGAAAGAUGCAAUGGAGCACAAAUGGCAUUUGUAUGGCAUCUGAUGCGUCUCGUCGACAGGGUUGCAGUCCAACAGAUUUUGUUGAUCAUCAGCAGUAGGUUUCGAAAAAUAAAAUGUACAAGUGGUUCUUCACAUCUGUGCUUAAAAGGCAAUAAUCACAGAACUAACAUGAUUCAGUUA